CACCGAGGAAGGUCUUCUUUUACGACAACCCCAAAAGACGACAAGAACGAUGCCCCUGACCUCGUCGCCGACUAGUUCGCCAAUCGUCGAGGCGUCGUCACCAAGGCCGGAGUCUCCUCCUAACCAAGGUGGCAUGCAAACCCACGGAAGCUGGGAUCAGGGUGGCCCGUUGAGCCAGGGCUCGCAGCCUACAGCACAGGGCCGACAGGGGCCGACGUCAUCUUCGACAAAGGCGCCCUCCUUGUCCUUUGCCAAUGUGGAGCAAGCGGGUUCUGCUCGCUCGUCUGAAGCUGGAGCUGGACGAGGCACGGCCACUGCAGACGGCUCUGCUUCUACUUCUGCGUCGUCAGCGUUGGUGAAGAGAAGUGAUCCCAUGGAACUCGUCCUUCAAGAGUUCGAGCCUUUCGAUAGUCAGUCGUUGGUCAUCCAGCCUUUUGAAGAGGAUGCAUUGAGCGAUGAGGAGUUUCAUCAGGAGUUGACCCGCCGAAUCCUCCAACUAAUGUUGGAGACCCACGCCUGGUGUGCGGUGAAGCCCAGAGCGGAGCGACAAGCACAGACCGAGCAGCUCGAGAGGAGGAUCAACGAAAUGACUGAGGCUGAACAUAAGCAUGAGGAGGCGCGUCGAAAGUUGAUGUCGUUCGUCCAGAUGAUGCGGAAGGCUGUUGAUGCCCUUACUUAGCGCAGUGGGCUAUCGAUUGGCGUGUCUCUGCAUCGGUUUAUCAUCGCUCGGACGGUUGUAAAAGUACAAAGUAUCCCAUUGUCCAAUGAAUGUCGUUCGUCGUCCUUGUCAGACGGU